UAGCUUUCUACAGAACCUCAAGAUGGCGUCGAGUGGAGGAGAUGUUGAACCAGAGUGGGCUGCAGCAGUACGACCGCUUUUAUCAGCCUCGUAUACGGCUUUUGAAACGAAAGAGCUACCUCAGCUUAUAGGAUCUAUAAUCAACAGCGAGUCUGAGAUUCUACACCAUGAUAAACAGUAUGAGCCAUUCUACUCAUCCUUUGUGGCACUUUCUGCCCAUUACAUCACGACAGUAUGUGGGCAAAUCCCAAGGAAUCAGUUGCUGUCGGUAGCAGCAGCCUGUAAAGUAUUGAUUGAAUUCUCAUUGCUGCGGCUGGAAAAUCCUGAUGAAGCAUGUGCUGUGUCCCAGAAACACCUGAUCCUUUUGAUAAAGGGUUUGUGCACUGGCUGCAGUCGACUGGACAGGACCGAGAUCAUUACUUUCACAGCUAUGAUGAAGUCUGCCAAACUUCCCCAGACCGUCAAGACCCUUUCAGAUGUGGAGGACCAGAAGGAGUUGCCUAGCCCGGUGAACCCCGAGCUGCGACACAAAGAAGUCCAAAUGAACUUCUUCAAUCAGCUGACCUCUGUGUUCAACCCUGACCUCACCCUCCUGGCCUCUCCCUCCAGCCACACGCAGGUUGAGAGUGAGUGUGACGACCAGACCACGACAGACCAGGCCUUGCAGGCCAAAAUGAAGAAUGCCUUCAUCUCCCAGAAUGUGUCUAGUUUACAGGAACUUGGAGGGUCAGAAAAGUUGCUGCGGGUCUGCCUCAACCUGCCAUACUUCCUACGAUACAUCAACAGAUUUCAGGACGCCGUCUCGGCCAAUUCCUUCUUCAUCAUGCCAGCGACUGUUGCAGACGCCACCGCUGUCCGUAACGGGUUCCACUCUCUGGUGAUAGAUGUAACCAUGGCCUUGGACACUCUCUCCCUGCCUGUCUUGGAGCCCCUAACUCCAGGGAGAUUACUGGACAUGACUGUACUGGCCCUCAGCUGUCUCUAUGCAGGUGUGAGCGUGGCCACGUGCAUGGCUAUCCUUCAGGUGGGCAGCUGCUUGCAGCUCCGCACAGCCUCCACUGGAUCCAAGGAAGAAGAUUAUGAGAAUGAUGCUGCUACCAUAGUACAGAAAUGUUUGGAAAUCUAUGAAAUGAUUGGCCAAGCCAUCAGUAACUCCCGUAGAGCAGGCGGAGAGCACUAUCAGAACUUUCAGUUGCUGGGGGCGUGGUGCCUGUUGAACAGCCUGUAUUUGAUCCUCAAUUUGAGUCCCACCGCCCUGGCUGACAAGGGCAAGGAGAAGGAUCCACUUGCUGCCCUGCGCGUGCGUGACAUUGCAGCUCGCACCAAAGACGGGGCAGGCUCUCCUAAACUUGGCCCAGGCAAAGGACACCAAGGCUUUGGCGUCCUGUCAGUCAUCCUGGCCAACCACUCCAUCAAGCUCCUCACGUCGCUGUUCCAGGACCUGCAGGUGGAGGCUCUCCACCGGGUCAGUGCAGGCGGGGCCAGUGACGGGCCCCCGGCCGAGCUCUCCAUCAUGGCUCAGAGCACCUCCAUCCAGAGGGUCCAGAGGCUCAUCGACUCGGUCCCUCUCACCAACCUGCUCUUCACUCUGCUCUCCACCUCCUACAAGAAGGCCUGUGUGCUCCAGCGCCAGAGGAAAGGCUCAGUCAGCAGCGAUGCCAGCGCUUCCACAGACUCCAACACCUACUACGAAGAUGACUUCAGCAGCACCGAGGAGGACAGCAGCCAAGCAGAGAGAAGACAGGAGAGGACAAGAGCAACUUGUUCAUCAGAUGAUGACAGUGAGCCCAUCUUGGGCCUAUGGUUUGAGGAGACAAUAUCUCCCAGCAAAGACAAGGUGGCCCCUCCGCCCCCUCCUCCCCCCCCUCCCCUGGAGACCUCCCCCAGGCUGAAGAGCCCCAGCAAGCAGAACGCAGGAGAGAACGGCAACAUUCUGGCCGGACGCAAAGACCCUGAGCUGUUUCUCAGCCUGGCCUCCAGCAUCCUGAACUUCAUCACCUCCUCCAUGCUCAAGUCGAGGAACAACUUCAUCCGCAACUACCUGAGCGUGUCUCUCAAUGAGCAGCACAUGGCAACCCUGGCCAGCAUCAUCAAAGAUGUGGACAAAGAUGUUAAAGGUUCCUCAGAUGAAGAGUUUGCCUUGGCUCUGUACCACUUCAACCACACCCUGGUAACAUCAGACCUGCCCUCUCCCGCCCUGCAGAGCACCCUCCUCCAGCAGCUGGGCGUGGCCCCCUUCUCCGAGGGCCCCUGGCCCCUGUACAUCCACCCCCAGUCCUUGUCCGUUCUCUCCAGACUGCUGCUCAUCUGGCAGCACAAGGCCACCCAGCAGGGAGAACCAGACGUGCCUGAGUGCAUGAAGGUUUGGGAGAGGUUUGUGGGGACCCUGAAGCAGCACACCAUCCAGGGCUCCCUGCCCGGGGACGAGGACCUGAACGUGGAGCACCUGCAGCUCCUGCUGCUCCUCUUCCACAACCUGUCGGAGCGGGGCAGGAGGGCCGUGCUCACCCUGGUCACCCAGGCCAUCACCGAGGUGGCCCAGAACAGGGACUCCCAGCUGAAGGCUGUGCCCCUCAACCUGGCCCGCAUGCUGCUGGUCCUUGACUAUCUGCUGCAUCAGUUCUCCAAGGCGCCCAUCUACUUGUUUGAGCAGGUGCAGUACAACCUCCUGACCCCGCCCUGCUCUGGAGGGGGCUCCACCCAGGACGGGGGCAAACGCUGCUCCUUGCCCCUGUACUACGGCUUCAAGGAGGUGGAGGAGAACUGGUCCAAGCAUUGCUCUGCAGAUUCCACGCAGCAGCCCAAGUUCUACUGCAUCCUCUCCCCCGAAGCCUCAGAAGACGACCGCAGCCGCCUGGACGGCAAGGUUUUCCAGAAGCUGUUCAAUGGAGCGGUGAAGUACGAUGAGCUGUACUCCUGGCUCAUCUCCCUGCUGGCAGCUGGAUCUCAGUUUGACACGGCCAGGAGGCAGGAGAACAAGCCAAUCAGUCCUAUGGAGGCGUGCUCCCUGCAAUACUACUUCCUGGUGCUGUGGAGGAUCCUGGGAGUCCUGCCUCCCGCUAAGGCCUUCAUGGAGCAGCUCAAGGAGGGCUGCAGUGACUCCAGCGAGAGUGACAUCCUGCACACCCUGCGCUGGUCGUCACGCCUCCGAGUCCCCACCUACGUCAACUGGAUCAAGGAGCACCUGAUCAAGCAGGGGAUGAAGUCGGACCAGGCCGCCACUCUGAUCGAGAUGACCGCCUCCAAGUGCAGCAGUGUCAAGUACGACGUGGAGCUGGCUGAGGAGUACAUUGCCAGACAGAUCUCAGCCUUCUCCUGUGUGGACCCCAGCAGCAUCCUGCCUCUCCACCAGGUGCCCUCCCUCCAGGCCAUCUACACCCUGGACGCCGUCAUCUCCAAAGUCCAGGUGUCUCUCGACGAGCACCUCUCCAAGGUGGCUGUGGAGACGGACCCUCACAAGUCCUCAGAGAUCACCAAGAACCUGCUGCCUGCCACUCUGCAGCUCAUAGACCUGUACGCUGCCUUCACCAGGUCGUACCUGCUGAUGAGCCUGCCUGAGGAGGGCGACAACAAGCCCACCGAGGCCAAGCUCCAGGGUUACGCUGCCGUGCUGUCCAUCGGCUCCACGCGCUGCAAAGCCAACAUGCUCGGCCAGAGUAUUAUGCAGAACCUGCCCUCAGCUGUGCAGACGCUGUGUGAGACUUGGAACAACAUCCACACCAAUGAGUUCCCCAACAUCGGCUCAUGGCGUAAUGCCUUUGCCAACGACACCAUUCCAUCUGAGAGCUACAUCAGCGCCAUUCAGGCGGCCCACCUGGGAACCCUCAGCAGCCAGUCCCUGAGCCUGGCCGCCUCGCUCAAACACAUCCUGCUGUCUCUGGUGCGCCUCACCGGAGACCUCAUCGUGACGGAGGAGCUGAACCCUCCGCAGGUGGUGCGCACGCUGCUGCCCCUGCUGCUGGAGAGCAGCACGGAGAGCGUGGCGGAGAUCAGCAGCACGUCGCUGGAGCGCAUCCUGGGCCCCGCCGAGUCGGACGCCUACCUGGCCCGCGUGUACGAGCGCCUGGUCACCGGCUGCUACAACAUCAUCGCCAACCACGCCGACCCCAACAGUGGUCUGGACGAGGCUGUCCUGGAGGAGUGUCUGCAGUACCUGGAGAGACAGCUGGAGAGCAGCCAAGUGCGCAAGGCCAUGGAGGAGUUCUUCUCCUUCAGUGGGGAGCUGGUCCAGAUCAUGAUGGCGACAGCCAACGAAAGUCUGUCAGCUAAAUUCUGCAACAGAGUGCUGAAGUUCUUCACCAAGCUGUUCCAGCUCACGGAGAAGAGUCCCAACCCCAGCCUGCUGUGUCUGUGCGGCUCCCUGGCCCAGCUGGCCUGCGUGGAGCCCUCCCGCCUGCAGUCCUGGCUCACCCGCAUGACUGCCUCCCCUCCCAAGGACUCGGAGCAGCUGGAGACGGUGCAGGAGAACAGGCAGCUGCUGCAGGUGCUCACCACGCACAUCGUCCGCGACAACAGCCAGGUGGGCGAGGGCGUGUGCACCGUCCUGCUCAGCACCCUCAUCCCCAUGGCGACCGAGAUGCUGGCCACUGGGGAUGGAACGGGCUUCCCAGAGCUGAUGCUGAUCAUGAGCACCCUGGCCAGCGCCGGGCAGGGGGCCGGGCACCUGCAGCUGCACCGGGCAGCCAUCGACUGGCUCACCAGAUGCAAGAAGUACCUGACCCAGAAGAAUGUUGUGGAGAAAGUGAGCGCAAAUUUGACGCAGGGCAAGCAUGCCAGCAUGCUGGAGUGCUCGUGCCACAUCAUCUCCUACCUGGCCGAUGUGAUGAACGCGCUGCGCCAGAGCAGCGGCCAGGGCUCGUCCGCCCUGCUGAUGGAGGGGGAGGAGAAGGCCAUGGAGGUGGACUCUGACUGGGUGGAGGAGCUGGCCGUGGAGGAGGACGACUCCCAGGCCGAGGACUCUGAUGAAGAUUCCCUGUGCAAUAAACUCUGCACCUUCACCAUCACUCAGAAGGAGUUCAUGAACCAGCAUUGGUACCAUUGUCACACGUGUAAGAUGGUGGAUGGGGUAGGUGUGUGCACAGUGUGUGCCAAGGUCUGUCACAAAGACCAUGAGAUCUCCUAUGCCAAAUACGGCUCUUUCUUCUGUGACUGCGGUGCCAAGGAGGAUGGCAGCUGCCAGGUGAGACCGAAUACUUCAGGUCAUCAUGGGAAGAGAACAACUGCGGCCCUGGUCAAGCGCAGCCCCAGCAGUGGCAUGGGCUCCACCCUGAAGGAGUCCUCCGCCUUCCAGAGUGAGCUGCGCAUGCCCGAGAGCGCCAUGCGCCACCAGAGUGCCUCGCCGGCCGAUAAGGGCAAGGUGACCAUCUGCGACGGCAAGCCCUGUGACGACGACAAGCCCAAGAAGAGCAGCGUAUGCAAAAGCAUCGAGGGCUGUCAGGACGAACUGCUGGCACAAGUGUGCGGCUCGUCCACGGCUGCCGUCGUCCUGGAGAUGCUCAUCUUCCUCAUGGACGCCAUCCAGACCAACUUCCAGCAGGCGUCCGCGGUGGGCAGCAGCAGCCGCGCCCAGCAGGCCCUGAACGAGCUGCACACACAGGACAAGAGCGUGGAGAUGACCGACCAGCUCAUGGUCCCCACGCUGGGUUCCCAGGAGGGGGCGUUUGAGAACGUGCGCAUGAACUACAGCGGAGACCAGGGCCAGACGAUCCGCCAGCUCAUCAGCGCCCACGUCCUGCGCCGCGUGGCCAUGUGCGUGCUCUCCUCCCCGCACGGCCGCCGCCAGCACCUGGCUGUCAGCCACGAGAAGGGCAAGAUCACAGUGCUGCAGCUGUCAGCCCUCCUGAAGCAGGCCGACUCCAGCAAGAGGAAGCUGACCCUGACUCGCCUGGCCUCCGCCCCGGUCCCCUUCACCGUGCUCAGCCUCACAGGCAACCCCUGCAACGAGGACUACCUGGCCGUGUGCGGCCUCAAGGACUGCCACGUGCUGACGUUCAGCAGCACAGGCUCCGUGUCGGACCACCUGGUGCUUCACCCCCAGCUGGCUACUGGGAACUUCAUCAUCAAGGCCAUCUGGCUGCCCGGCUCUCAGACAGAGCUGGCCAUCAUCACCGCUGACUUUGUUAAGAUCUACGACCUGUCGGUGGACGCCCUCAGCCCCAUGUACUACUUCCUGCUGCCGAGCUCCAAGAUCCGCGAUGCCACUUUCCUCUUCAACGAGGAGGGCAAGAACAUCAUUGUCAUCAUGUCCUCGGCCGGCUACAUGUACACCCAGGUGAUGGACGAGUCCAGCAGUGCCCAACACGGGCCCUUCUACGUCACCAGUGUGCUGGAGAUCAACCACGAGGACCUCAAGGACAGUAACGGCCAGGUGGCGGGGGGCGGGGUGUCGGUCUACUACUCUCACGUCCUGCAGAUGCUGUUCUUCAGCUACAGCCAGGGCAAGUCCUUCGCUGCCACCGUCAGCCGCAGCACCAGCGACGUGCAGAGGCUCUUCAACAUCAAUAUCAAAGGCUCCAAUGGGGGCAGUAAGAUGUCCCCUGCCCUGUGCCAGUGGUCGGAGGUGAUGAACCACCCGGGGCUGGUGUGCUGUGUGCAGCAGACCACAGGCAUCCCCCUGGUCAUCAUGGUCAAGCCAGACACCUUCCUCAUCCAGGAGAUCAAGACCCUGCCGGCGAAGGCCAAGAUCCAGGACAUGGUGGCUAUCCGCCACACGGCCAGUAACGAGCAGCAGCGCACCACCAUGAUCCUGCUGUGUGAGGACGGCAGCCUGCGGAUCUACAUGGCCAACGUGGACAACACCUCCUACUGGCUGCAGCCCUCCCUGCAGCCCAGCAGCGCCAUCAGCAUCAUGAAGCCCGUACGCAAGCGCAAGGCCGCCGCCGCCACCACGCGCACCUCCAGCCAGGUGACCUUCCCCGUGGACUUCUUUGAGCACAACCAGCAGCUGACGGAGGUGGAGUUUGGGGGCAACGACCUGCUCCAGGUCUACAACGGCCAGCAGAUCAAACACAGACUCAACUCCACCGGCAUGUAUGUGGCCAACACCAAGCCUGGUGGCUUCACUGUGGAGGCGGUGAACAACAACAGCUCCAUGGUGAUGACGGGCAUGCGGGUGCAGGUGGGCACCCAGGCCAUCGAGAGGGCCCCGUCCUACGUGGAGAUCUUCGGCCGCACCAUGCAGAUGAACCUGACCCGCGCUCGCUGGUUCGACUUCCCCUUCACCAGAGAGGAGGCCCUGCAGGCCGACAAGAAGCUGGCCAUCUUCAUCGGAGCCUCUGUCGACCCCGCGGGCGUGACCAUGCUGGACUCCAUUAAGAUCUAUGGGAAGACCAAGGAGCAGUUUGGCUGGCCGGACGAGCCGCCCGAGGACUUCCCCUCGGCCUCGGUCAACAACGUGUGCAGCCCCAACCUCAACCAGGGCAACGGCACGGUGGACGGAGAGGUGGCCACGCCCACCUCCACCAGCGGCACGGUGCUGGAGAGUUGUGAAACUGAGUCCUUAUCAACCCUGGACCGGCUGGUGGUGAGCUCUCUGGAGGCUCUGGAGAGCUGCUUCGCUGUGGGCUCCUCCAAUGAAAAGGAGAAGAACAAGGCUGUUGCCCUUGAGCUGGCCACCCUGCUCCUGUCCAUGCCUACUCCAGCAGGAGUGCAGCAGCAGACCAAGGGGCUUCUGGCCAGCCUGCACACCAGCCGCACGGCCUACCACAACCACAAGGACCAGUCUCUGCUGAGUAACGCGGUGCAGUGUCUGAACCGCUGCAGCCGUGACGGCAGGGACCUGGAUCCAGACGUGUUCCAGAGGCUGGUCAUCACCGCCCGCUCCAUCGCCAUCAUGAGACCCAACAACCUGGUGCACUUCACCGAGACCAAGCCCCCCCAUGCAGACACAGAAAUGACAGAGGACGGCGUGCAGAAGUCAGCGGACAGUGAGAGCUGUAACUUCAUCAUGCAGCUGGUGAACAACUUCUGGAAGCUCCAUGCUCUCAAACCAAAGAACGCCUUCCUGGCCCCUGCCUGUCUGCCAGGUCUGACUCAUGUUGAGGCCACUGUCAACGCCCUGGUGGACAUCAUCCAUGGGUAUUGCACGUGUGAACUCGACUACAUCAACGUGGCUUCCAAAAUCUACAUGCAGAUGUUACUGUGCCCGGACAUCUCUGUGAGCUUCGCUUGUAAGCAGGCCCUGAUUCGAGUGCUUCGACCUAGAAACAAACGCCGCCAUGUGACCCUUCCAUCUCCCCCACGCUCCAACACACCCAUGGGGGAUAAAGACGACGACGACGACGACGAUGCUGACGACAAGAUGCAGCCGUCCGGCCUGCCGGGGGGAGAGGGAGGCAGACAGGAGAGCCACGACCAGAGCGAGGUGGACCACGGGGACUUUGAGAUGGUGUCUGAGUCCAUGGUCCUGGAGACGGCGGAGAACGUCAACAACGGGAACCCGUCUCCUCUGGAGGCCCUGCUGGCGGGGGCGGAGGGCUUCCCCCCCAUGCUGGACAUCCCCCCCGACGCAGACGACGAGACCAUGGUGGAGCUGGCCAUCGCUCUCAGCCUGCAGCAGGACCAGCAAGGCAGCAGCAGCAGUGCCCUGGGCCUGCAGAGUCUGGGCCUGUCUGGCCUGUCUGGCCAGGCUCCCAGCUCCUCCUCCCUGGACGCAGGCACCCUGUCAGACACCACAGCAUCAGCCCCAGCCUCAGACGACGAGGGCAGCACGGCGGCCACGGACGGCUCCACCCUGCGCACCUCCCCCGCCGAGCACGGGGGCAGCGUGGGCUCCGAGAGCGGGGGCUCCGCCAUCGACUCUGUCGCCGGGGAGCACAGCGUGUCGGGCCGCAGCAGUGCCUAUGGAGACACCACAGUGGAGGGCCACCCAGCGGGGCCGGGCAGCGUGAGCUCCAGCACAGGGGCCAUCAGCACCACCACGGCCCAGCAGGAGGGGGAGGGCUCCGAGGGGGAGGGCGAGACCGAGGGAGACAUCCACACCAGCAACAGGCUCCACAUGGUGCGUCUGAUGCUGCUGGAGCGCCUGCUGCAGCACCUGCCUCUGCUGCACUGCGUGGGCGGGGUCCACGCCAUCCCCUACAUGCAGGUGGUCCUCAUGCUGACCUCCGACCUGGACGGGGAGGACGACAAGGACAAGGGCGCCCUGGACGACCUGCUGGCCCAGCUGAUCGCCGAGCUGGGCAUGCACAAGAAGGACGUGUCCAAGAAGAACGAGCGCAGCCCCAUCAACGAGGUGCACCUGGUCAUCAUGAGGCUGCUCAGCGUCUUCAUGUCCCGCACCAAGUCAGGCUCCAAGUCCUCCUCCGAGUCGUCCUCUCUGAUCUCCAACGCCACAGCCACCGCCCUGCUCAGCCUGGGCGCCAUCGACUACUGUCUGCACGUGCUCAAGUCUCUGCUGGACUUCUGGAAGAGCCAGCAGGGGGAGGAGGAGCCUGUGGCGGCCAGCCAGCUGCUCAGACCCCACACAGCCUCCUCUCCCCCAGACAUGAGCCCCUUCUUCCUGCGCCAGUAUGUCAAGGGCCAUGCAGCAGAUGUGUUUGAGGCCUACUCGCAGCUCCUGACUGAGAUGGUGCUGCGGCUGCCCUAUCAGAUCAAAAAGAUCGCAGACACCAAUCCCCGCAUCCCGCCUCCUGUUUUCGACCACUCCUGGUUUUACUUCCUGUCUGAAUACCUGAUGAUCCAGCAGACCCCCUUCGUGAGGCGGCAGGUGCGGAAGCUGCUGCUCUUCAUCUGCGGCUCCAAGGAGAAGUACCGGCAGCUCAGGGACCUGCACACGCUCGACUCCCACGUCCGCGCCAUCAAGAAGCUCCUGGAGGAGCAGGGCAUCUUCCUGCGGGCCGGGGUGGUCACGGCCACCUCGGGCUCCGCCCUGCAGUACGACACGCUCAUCAGUCUGAUGGAACACCUGAAAGCCUGUGCUGAGAUAGCCACCCAGAGGACCAUCAACUGGCAGAAGUUCUGUAUGAAGGAUGACUCCGUGCUGUACUUCCUGCUGCAGGUCAGCUUCCUGGUGGACGAGGGCGUGUCCCCUGUGCUGCUGCAGCUGCUCUCCUGUGCCCUGUGUGGCAGCAAGGUGCUGGCCAGCUCCUCCUCCUCAGGCGGGGGCUCCGGGGGGGCGGGGGGCACCGGGGCCUCCCAGUCCUCCCAGAGCAAGUCCUCCAGUAAGAAGAGCAAGAAGGAGGACAAGGAGAAGGACAAAGAGGGCGAUGGCGUGGGCAGUCAGGAGGACCAGCUGUGCACAGCGCUGGUCAGUCAGCUCAACAAGUUUGCCGACAAGGAGACGCUCAUCCAGUUCCUGCGCUGCUUCCUGCUCGAGUCCAACUCAUCUGCUGUGCGCUGGCAGGCCCACUGCCUAGCCCUGCACAUCUACAGGAACUCAAACAAGUCCCAGCAGGAGCUGCUGCUGGACCUGACCUGGGCCAUCUGGCCCGAGCUGCCUGCAUACGGACGCAAAGCUGCUCAGUUCGUGGACCUGCUGGGCUACUUCUCCCUGAAGACCCCACAGACCGAGAAGAAAUUGAAGGAGUAUUCCCAGAAGGCCGUGGAAAUUUUGAGGACACAAAACCACAUUCUGACCAACCAUCCCAACUCCAACAUCUACAACACCCUGUCUGGUUUGGUGGAGUUUGAUGGCUUCUUCCUGGAGAGUGACCCCUGCCUGGUGUGCAACAACCCAGAAGUUCCCUUCUCUAAUAUCAAACUGUCGUCUAUCAAAGUGGACACGCGCUACACCACCACUCAGCAGGUGGUCAAGCUCAUCGGGAGCCACACCAUCAGCAAGGUCACGGUGAAGAUCGGCGAUCUGAAGCGCACCAAGAUGGUCCGCACCAUCAACCUCUACUACAACAACAGGACUGUGCAGGCCAUCGUGGAGCUGAAGAACAAGCCUGCCCGCUGGCACAAAGCCAAGAAGGUUCAGCUGACCCCCGGGCAGACCGAGGUCAAGAUUGACCUGCCUCUGCCCAUCGUGGCCUCCAACCUGAUGAUCGAGUUCUCGGACUUCUACGAGAACUACCAGGCCUCCACAGAGACCCUGCAGUGCCCGCGCUGCAGCGCCUCGGUGCCCGCUAACCCCGGGGUGUGUGGCAACUGUGGAGAGAACGUCUACCAGUGCCACAAGUGCAGGUCCAUCAAUUAUGAUGAAAAGGACCCCUUCCUAUGCAAUGCUUGUGGCUUCUGCAAGUAUGCCCGCUUUGACUUCAUGCUGUACGCCAGGCCGUGCUGCGCUGUGGAUCCUAUAGAGAAUGAGGAGGACAGGAAAAAGGCGGUGACUAACAUCAACACCCUGCUGGACAAGGCUGACAGAGUGUACCACCAGCUGAUGGGCCACCGGCCUCAGCUGGAGAGCCUGCUGUCCAAGGUCAACGAGGCGGCACCUGAGAAACCCCAGGAUGACUCGGGAGCAGGGGCGGGGCUGGGCACGUCCUCGGCCAAUGUGAACAGGUACAUCCAGCAGCUGGCGCAGGAGUACAGCGGAGACUGCAAGACCUCCUUCGACGAGCUCUCCAAGAUCAUCCAGAAAGUGCUAGCGUCUCGCAAGGAGCUGCUGGAGUACGACCUCCAGCAGAGAGAGGCCGCCACCAAGUCGUCCCGCAGCAGCAGCCACCAGCCCACCUUCACGGCCAGUCAGUACCGGGCCCUGUCCGUGCUGGGCUGCGGACACACCUCCUCCAACAAGUGCUACGGCUGUGCCUCGGCCGUCACGGGCCACUGCAUCACCCUGCUGCGCGCCCUGGCCACCAACCCAGCCCUGCGGCAGAUCCUGGUGCUGCAGGGCCUCAUCCGGGAGCUGUUUGAGUACAACCUGAGGCGGGGCACGGCCGCCAUGAGGGAGGAGGUCCGUCAGCUGGUCUGCCUGCUCACCAGAGAUCACCCGGAGGCCACGCAGCAGAUGAAUGACCUCAUUCUAGCCAAGGUGUCAGCUGCACUCAAAGGCCACUGGGCCAAUCCUGACCUGGUCAGUAGUCUGCAAUAUGAGAUGCUGUUGCUGACAGACUCCAUAUCUAAAGAAGGAGGAUGCUGGGAGUUACGGUUGCGCUGUGCCCUCAGCCUGUUCCUCAUGGCUGUGAACAUCAAAACCCCUGUGGUGGUGGAGAACAUCACGCUCAUGUGCCUGAGGAUCCUGCAGAAGCUCAUCAAACCCCCUGCUCCCACCAGCAAGAAGAACAAGGAUUCUGCUGUAGAGUCGCUGACCACAGUCAAGCCCUACAGCAACGAGAUUCAUGCUCAGGCCCAACUCUGGUUGAAAAAGGACCCCAAAGCAUCUUAUGAAGCCUGGAAAAAGUGCCUUCCAGCUAGAUGCCAGGAGACUGCGUCUAAGCCCCAGAACAAGGCGGAGGUGCGCAGGCAGUACCUUCUGGAGAAGUACUCAUGGAAGUGGAAACAGUUCAUGAGGGCCAAGUCAGAAGGCCUCUUUCCCCGGCUGCUCAAACUCAGCCACAACAACUGGCUGCGUCAGGUGCUGUUCACGCCAGCCACCCAGGCAGCCAGGCAGGCAGCAUGCACCAUCGUGGAAGCCCUCACCACCAUCCCGAGCCGCAAGCAGCAGGUGUUGGACCUGCUCACCAGUUACUUGGAUGAGCUGAGCGUAGCUGGCGAGUGUGCAGCAGAGUACCUGGGUCUGUACCAGAAGCUCAUCAAGCCGGCUCAUUGGAAGGUGUACCUGGCAGCCCGUGGGGUCCUGCCCUACAUUGGGAACCUCAUCACCAAGGAAAUCGCCAACCUGUUGGCAUUGGAGGAGGCCACACUGAGCACAGACCUGCAGCAAGGCUACGCCCUCAAGAGCCUGACCGGUCUACUAUCCUCGUUUGUGGAGGUGGAAUCCAUCAAGCGUCACUUCAAGAGCCGCCUGGUGGGCACCGUGCUCAACGGCUACCUGUGCCUGAGGAAGCUGGUGGUGCAGCGCACCAAGCUCAUCGACGAGACCCAGGACAUGCUGCUGGAGAUGCUGGAGGACAUGACCACAGGGACAGAGUCUGAGACCAAGGCCUUCAUGGCGGUUUGCAUCGAGACCGCAAAGCGCUACAACCUGGAUGACUACCGGACUCCAGUGUUCAUCUUUGAGAGGCUAUGCAGCAUCAUCUACCCUGAGGAGAACGAGGUGACUGAGUUCUUUGUGACUCUGGAGAAAGACCCCCAGCAGGAGGACUUCCUGCAGGGCCGCAUGCCAGGGAACCCCUACAGCAGCAACGAGCCGGGCAUCGGCCCCCUCAUGAGGGACAUCAAGAACAAGAUCUGCCAGGACUGUGACCUGGUGGCCCUGCUGGAGGACGACAGCGGCAUGGAGCUUCUAGUGAACAACAAGAUCAUCAGUUUGGAUCUGUCAGUGGUGGAGGUCUACAAGAAGGUGUGGUGCCCAACCAACGAGGGCGAGCCCAUGAGGAUCAUCUACCGGAUGAGGGGGUUGCUAGGAGACGCCACCGAGGAGUUCAUCGAGUCACUGGACUCAACCACGGAUGAAGAGGAGGAUGACGAGGAGGUGUACAAGAUGGCGGGGGUGAUGGCGCAGUGUGGUGGCUUGGAGUGCAUGCUCAGCAGGCUGUCUGGAAUCAAGGACUUCAAGCAGGGGAGACAUCUACUCACGGUCUUGCUGAAGCUGUUUAGUUACUGUGUGAAGGUCAAAAUAAACAGGCAGCAGUUGGUCAAACCAGAGAUGAACACUCUCAACGUCAUGCUGGGCACACUCAACCUGGCGUUGGUGGCAGAGCAGGAGAGUAAGGACAGUGGUGGGGCUUCCAUAGCAGAGCAGGUCCUGAGCAUCAUGGAGAUCAUUCUGGAUGAGGCCAACGCUGAGAUCUCAGAGGACAAGGGUAACCUGCUGCUUACUGGAGACAAGGACCAGCUGGUGAUGCUCCUCGACCAGAUCAACACCCCGUUUGUGCGCUCCAACCCCAGUGUCCUGCAGGGCCUCCUGCGCAUCAUCCCCUACCUGUCCUUCGGAGAGCUGGAGAAGAUGCGCAUCCUGGUGGAGCGCUUCAAACCCUGCUGCAGCUUCGACAAGUAUGAUGAAGAGCACAGUGCUGAUGAUAAGGUCUUCUUAGACUGCUUCUGUAAAAUAGCUGCUGGGAUCAAGAACAACAGCAACGGCCAUCAGCUCAAAGAUCUGAUUCUGCAGAAAGGAAUCACUCAGAGUGCACUAGACUACAUGAAGAAACAUAUCCCCAAUGCCAAAAACCUGGAUGCUGACGUGUGGAAGAAGUUCCUGUCUCGACCAGCUCUGCCCUUCAUCCUCAGACUGCUGCGUGGCCUGGCCACUCAGCACCCCCCCACACAGAUGUUGAUAGGCACAGACUCCAUCACCAACCUGCACAAGCUGGAGCAGGUGUCCAGCGACGAGGGCAUCGGCACCCUGGCCGAGAACCUGCUGGAAGCGCUGCGGGAGCACGCCGAGGUCAACCUGAAGAUUGACGCGGCGCGCCGGGAGACGCGGGCUGAGAAGAAGCGCAUGGCCAUGGCCAUGAGACAGAAGGCUCUGGGCACGCUGGGGAUGACGACCAAUGAGAAGGGCCAGGUGGUGACCAAGACCUCGCUGCUGAAGCAGAUGGAGGAGUUGAUAGAGGAGCCGGGGUUGACCUGCUGUAUCUGCAGGGAGGGCUACAAGUUCCAGCCUACCAAGGUCCUGGGGAUCUACACCUUCACCAAGCGGGUGGCACUGGAAGACUUUGAGAACAAGCCCCGCAAGCAGCAGGGCUACAGCACUGUCUCACACUUUAACAUAGUCCACUAUGACUGCCACCUUGCUGCUGUCAGGCUGGCCCGGGGGAGAGAGGAGUGGGAGAGCGCUGCCCUCCAGAACGCCAACACCAAGUGCAAUGGACUGCUCCCUGUGUGGGGGCCGCAUGUCCCCGAAUCAGCCUUUGCCACCUGCCUGGCGAGGCACAACACAUAUCUGCAGGAGUGCACAGGACAGAGAGAGCCCACGUACCAGCUCAACAUCCACGACACCAAGCUGCUGUUCCUGCGCUUCGCCACCGAGCAGUCCUUCAGCGUGGACACGGGCGGAGGAGGGCGCGAGAGCAACAUCCACCUCAUCCCCUACAUCAUCCACACCGUGCUCUACGUCCUCAACACGACGAGAGCCACGUCUCGGGAGGAGAAGAACCUGCAGGGCUUCCUGGAGCAGCCCUGUGAGAAGUGGGUGGAGACUUCCUACGAGGUGGACGGCCCCCACUACUUCACGGUGCUGGCCAUGCACAUCCUGCCCCCGGAGCGCUGGAGGACCUGGCGCCUGCACGUCCUCCGCAGGCUGCUGGUCGCCGCACACGCACGCAAGGUCUCGGCCGUGUGCACCAACAAACUCACAGAUAAAACACUGAAGGAGUAUGCAGUCUAUCGCUCCCCUCUUCUCUUCUGGGGCCUGGUGGAUCUGGUGUAUGACAUGUUCAGGAAAGUGCCCACCAGUAACACAGAGGGAGGCUGGUCCUUCUCGCUGGCCGAGUACGUGAGGCACAACGACAUGCCCAUCUACGAAGCCUCGGAGCGCGUGCUCAGGGCCUUCCAGGACGAGCUGAUGCCCGCCGAGUCCUUCUCAGAGUUCCUGGAUGUCGUCGGUCUUCUAUCGGAAACCCCAGACCCAGACCUCUUCCUCCAGGACCUGUUGAACUCUGUGCCCUGAUGGUGCCCAGUAAGCCCCCAGACCCCCGGGGUCCAUGUCCACCCUGCCCCCCCAGUCAGGUGGUUCAAACGCCGAGGACGGCCACCUCAUUGGCCCCGCUAAAGGCACCUUCAAAGGACAUCUCUUAACAGAACAGAGACCACAAACUCUGUCUUCUUCUUCCUCUCACACUCACACAACAAACACUUUCACCAACAUGCUCCCACACACAUACACAGAUACAAAACACUUUUUCCCCACUGUCCACAUAGUUUUUCUCCUGUUAUGACAUCCUAAAGUAAAUCAGAAUUUCUGUGUUGCCUGAGGAGCUGAUACAUGUCUAUGUUUCUGAUACAGUUAACACACGGUAGCACCCAUGCUAUCCCCGCUCUCCUCAUGACUGGGGGGAAAAAGUAACACAACAAAAAAAAUUGGGAUUCAAUCCCCACAUUUAAAGAGUGAUUUUGUGUUAUUAUUUUUGUUUGUUACAGUUUUAAGUUUUUUGGGGGGAUCGGGACAAUUUUUGAUGUUCUAACUGCACGAGGCCUCAGAGAGUUUCACAGGACUGUGAAUGAAUCCUCUUGUGUUGAGCACCAUUCUCAGCUCUGGCUGUUUUGUCCUUGCGGUAGUUCUUGACUCAGUUUGAGUGAUGGGCAAAGCUGGAUAGCAGGUGUGUUUUAUUGAAUUUGCGUUUUUGAAUUUUUUUUUAUCAGUAACAGACAUUUACAAUAUAGUUGUUUAAGUCAAGCCCUCAUUUGGUGAUUAGUGAUAUCUGAAGUUGUGACUGGUUACACCACCUCAAAUGAAGCCUAACUGUCCAGAUGAAUAAUAAAAGGGCCUGCAUCCUUCCUUUGGACACUCUUUUUGGAUGUAAGGUUUUUGUUUCUGCUUGAUUUGUAUUCUGGUCCCAACACUACUCUGCCCAUCUUUAUUACCUGUACCUAUUCUCCUGGUCCUUGGUUUUGGUCUUCCAGCCAAUCAUUCUCAAGAAUAUCCUGCAGAUGAUUCCCAGACUCUUUCUGGUAAGCAAGGUGCCGCUGAGUCUUGCUCUCAGUGAUAAAUUAACUCUUUAACAUAUAGAUGCCAACAAAAUGGUGUCUUUGUACUCUGAGCUGAAUGCAUGGUGUGGAGUUCUGAACCCAAUUUAGUGUUAAUUCGCUUAUUCCCGCUGCUACAAUGUUCAACUGUUGCUGAAUGUCUGCUCUUUGGAUUAGCAAAUGAUUAAUAAAGCCCUAAUAAUUCCACAUCUGA